AAGUUCAAAGAAAAAACGUGAGUGAUGUGUUGUGUGCCCUUUUCAAAAUGGUUUAGAUGUGUUGUAUAAUUCUCGUCUAUCAUGGGCCAUUUGAUCUACACACAUAAAAAUUAGACAUAAGCGUUUAUGGGCCUAAUAUUCCAUGGGCCAACGGAGCCGAGAUUGGUUGAUGACCGUUAGACCCAAAGGACAAAUAUGUAAAUUCACAUAAAAAUAGCCGUUACCAAAGAAGAGCCAUGAGUUUCGCCGCUUUAUUUAAUCGGAUCUUUCCUCUUGAAACUGCAACUAUCUCUGAUUUCUCCACUGUAUUUGCUGCUUCCAUGGCCUCAGAUCAGAGCACGAACCCACCAAUCAUGGAGUCAAAGCCGAGACACCCUCUUCACCAAAUCGCCGACACGCCAACACACAAGCUCCUCCUCAAACAGUGGCUGAAAGAAGAAGAGCUCAUCCUCAACCGCGUCUCGCACAAAGAGUCUCAGAUCGAUUCCGUGCGACGAGAGAUAACUCAGCUCUACAUUUUCUUCUUCCUCUUCCACUCUAUCUCUCUGCUUCUCCUCUUCCACGCUUCCUCUGCUUCUGCUUCUUCUUCUUCCUCGUGUAAGAGAUCAUGGAUCCCUUCUCUCUGCGCUCUUUUGUCUUCCCUCGGGAUCAUCUGGGCCGUACGGUACAAGUCUGAAGUGGAGUCGCAUCUCGAGAAGUUGUUGGAGAGGGAGAAAGAAGAUGCGAAGCUGUUGCGCAAGUGCGUUGAGGAGUUGAAGAAGAAAGGGGUCGAGUUUGAUUUGCUCAAGGAAGUGGAUGCUCUGCGUAGGGCGAAGAGCUUGAGGGUUGAGUCUAAGGUCGUGAGGAAAUGGUCUGCGAGGGACUUUGUGACGCUCUUCUUCUUCUCUGUUUCGUGUUUGGUUCUUGCAAUGAUUAGGCUCAUUCUCUGUGACUAGAUUGUGUUAUGAAUCUUUGUUCUCUUGCUUUUUUUUUCACUUUUUUGUUAUACUUUUACUUUUUGAUUCAGCAGAAUUCUCUUGUUUCUGCAAAUUUUUUGUACUUUUUAGAUAAUAAUAAUAUUUUUUUCUUUAUAUAACUCAAAUCAAAAUUAUAUUAUCCAGAAAAACACUAAUUUUUGUUAUGCUUAAUUAAUAUAAGAAGAAAAAUAUGUUUGAUCCUCUUAGUUGUAGAUUCAGUAUUAGAGAAUCUGAUGAUGGUUUCUUUUUUUCAAGCAAAAACAUAGAACCAGAAACAUUUCAAGAUAUCCAACAAAAUUUGGUAAUUUUUUUUCAUUUAAGAGAUUCAAUACUAUAAAAUCUGAUAUGGUUAAUCCAAUUUGUUAUUAAAUUAAAAUAAAAGCUUGGCAUGAGGGAAAAAAAACUACUACAUUACAGAAACCUGUCUUGGGUCUAUUCAUCAUCUUGUGACUUAGUUUUUUUUUAUAAGCCCUAACAAAAUGGACUAGCCCCAUCUUCUUCUUCUUUUUAUUUGAUUUCUCCCCAUCUUCUCCCUCAUCCUUCUCCUCUGUCUUUCUCUUCUCUUUCUUCUUUUUCUUCUCUGAGGCUUCCACUGCUUUUACUUCUCCCUCGUCUAAUAAAGAGAAAACACCCCAUCAAACAAACAGCUUAACAUCAACCCUUAAGAGAGAGAGAGAGAAGGGGUAUCAAAGUGAAAUGAUACUUUUCUUCUCAUGACUUUCCAACACUUCUUUCAUUACAUCCACAUUCUUACGUGGGGCAACACCUUUGUCAUUAAACUCUAGUCGUUCCUCCACAUCAUCCCAUAGAUGCUUUGCCAGCUUCAACGACCUCUUUUGCCUUAUCUUCAUCCCCGAGGAUAUCAGUAAGCAUAGGGAUGUGCUCUUCGGACAACUUUGACUUGUCCUUAAUAACUUUUGAAACUCGGGCGCAAAGGUAGUUGUCGUUGACUAUUUUAACUAGCUCAGGGAAGUGCCACGAGUACAAUUCUCUGCCAAAAAACACAACAUAAGAGCAGCAUUAUCGGGAGCUUUUAAAAGCGUCUCUUAUAUUUAUUAGGAUUUAAAAAAAAUGAAAAAUCUCAAUAAACCUAAAGACGUAUCUUAUUCAGGGACAAGAAGAGACCGUCUCUUGUGAUUCUUCUUCCUCCCUCUUCACCUUCUCCAGAACUUCAUCUCACUUCUCCUCUAGAUUCAAACCUUCUCGAAACCGCAGCAGAGGCCGAGCAAAAGGUCUGUUCCUACUGAUUUCAUUGUGAUCGUGUUAAAAUAAUCUGCCGCCGCCGUCCUUGGUCUCCAAAGCUAGAACCGCCUUCAAUUCCGCUGCUGCUAAAGCGGAGCGCGUCUUCACUGAUCUCAAAUCCGAUCCAGAAUCGUCGAAGAGGAGGAGGAGCAGCAGCAAUCAACUAGGAAAGCAAAGCAAGAAUUUCAGGCUGGGAAGCCUCUUGGUUACAAAGAAUGUCAGUUUCACAGUCAUCAAGGACUUCAUGAUUCAAAGUGGUGAUUUUCUUAAGCAUUUGAACAACUCAUGGCUCCCUCUCACAAUAUUCCACUUCGUAGUCUCACCUCCACUGAUGAAUCCAAACUUGACUUCAAUGCUCUGUCUUUGAGCAUUUCCUUCCAUGGGUGGAGAGAGGCGAACUCAGCUUUCAAGUCUUGGGCUAUAAAAAUGUCAUCUUUACACAGACCCACAUGGAGAAAAGCUGAGAUCUUCGAAGCAGUCAUGGCAUCUACCAAAGGACUCAACAAAGACACAAAGAAACCAAGAGCUACUGGUUAGUUCAAUAUCAUUGAUCAAUUUGAAGUUUUUUUAUUGUGCAUUAUGGUAAAGUUUGUUGUAAUGAAAGUGUUUUAUAAUUUUUUUUUAAGAUCCCAUAAUUAAGAAACUUGCAAUAAACCA